AUGAAUCUUUGGGUUGUAUCUCCUUAUUCUCGUCCUACCGUGGAUAUUCACCUGGGUUUUGAUGAACAGACCCAUCAACAAGGAAUCAUACUUCAACCAGGCGGGAUCAGUCACCCCCGGAGACUUUCUGGCCUCCUUGCCCAUGGAGCGGUCGCGUACACGCAGCGUCGAAGCUCAGCUCAGAAAUUGAGCGUCUUGCAGCUAUUUGCGCUGGCAGAUAGAAAAUGGCUAGACCCGCGAUAUCUGGUUAAACCUCCAAGCAAGCUUAAAAUUACGGAACGGUCACUCUACCUUUGGCUAGCGACUUUCCUCAUCCUGAUCACCGCUAUCCAACCACCUAUACAAGCCAUCCUAGUCCGAGACGAAGAGAUUAACGUUUUGACGUGCAAAGGGCAUCCCGCGGCGUACCGAGAUUACGGUUCGGGAGCUUGCAAGUUUCCUUUCAAGGAUUUGAAUACUCAGAUCAUUGCGCGGGACGCGGAGCCCAUCGAUCUGAACUUCUGCCCACAAGACGUUGUCGUUAAAAAGACCAGCCAGAAGCUACUCAGCUCCACCAACAGCGAUAUCCAAACCAAUCUGUGGUCUGAUGAGGUUUCUCUUGGAGAAAGCCCAAAUUACUAUACGGACAACAGACGGACUUUUGACUGGUACUACCAGGAGUCUUCAUACGAUAAGGGCAAAUGGCCAUAUUAUGCGUCUUCCGUCCCUAACGGCACUGCCACCGGAGUCUAUCGACAUCACGCAGUCACUCCGGACAAUUUCGAAAUAACGAUAGCUACGUCCUCAGAUGCGACAGUGAUCUCGAGUAGAGGAUGGUUUCAGCUCCCGAACAACGCAAACUGCGGAAAGCCUAGGCCCUUACGUGACGAGUGGCCUCCAUGGCGAGAACUCAAGUAUGAGUUCAACGAUUAUUAUAUCAAUAGCCCUCAGUGGGAUCAAACAUUUCCAGGUGACAGAUAUCCAGCAGCAGAAAUCCCAGACGAAGAACUGCAAAAUUAUCGCGGUAAAUCGAGCUACACCUACCAAGGGCCCCCUGUGCCAGGUCCACUCAUGACCGUGGCUCUGGCUAUGUUUGGAAAUUCCUCUUUCUUUCAAGCAGCUCGGGUUGCUGAUCGUGACACUUACAAUCAGACCAUCGAGAAAAUCUGUGACAACUCGUUGUUUCCACUGCUUGGAAUGAUGCCGCGCGAGUACAAUCUGGGCUGGUGCAGUCCAUGCGUGAGAAAUCGGAAGCAUGGUCUGAAAAUGCAGGAUUUGAUUUACUAUUAUUUCAAUGGCCUCAAGAAUGAAGAGGCCACCACACAAGCACUCGAAAAGGCCAUGUUCUUUGCAAACGAAGCCCUUCUCACCACCGCCGCCUCGCUAUCCCAGCAGCGCCCCAUCUUCUACAGCCCCGGAACUGCAGUCAUAAGGCCAAAAAAUGAUUCAGCAGCGGUGAUAAGUGUCACCGCACUGAUAGGUCUUCAAGUUAUGGCACUUUGUGUGCUGAUGUGGUUCAUUCUACGUGCCCCUACGUGGACGGAGACUCUUGAUGCAGAUGCUUUGGCGCAAAUCGGAGGUCAGCUUAAGGAGUGGAGGGAGCCCAGACCAGAUCUGAGGCAAAUAAAUGGCAUUGUGGGAGUUGGUGAGACGAGACAUCAGGACUGGGCGUCAUCGGUGAGACUGCCGUCAGGGCAGAAUGCCGCUUCGCAGCCAGGACCUCUUCAUCUGACUCUUGGAGGAGAGGGGUUGAUCAACAGAGGUGUGAUGAGGAGAAUGCAAGCAGAUGUGACUACUGCAGCCUAA